AUGAAGCCCAGCGAUGCGCGCCUCCUGGAGCUGCUGGGCACCCUGCUCUCCAUCGCGGCCUGGCUGCUCAGCAUGGCCACCACCUUCACCUCCACCUGGCUGACCCUCUCCACCGAGCUGCUGCCCAGCGAGAGCUACCAGCUGGGGCUGUGGGAGACGUGCGUGGUGCAGGACCUCGGGGUGCAGGAGUGCCGCCCCUACGACAGCCUGCUGGGGCUGCCCCCCGACAUCAAGCUGGCCCGCAUCCUGAUGUGCGUGGCUCUGGGCACGGGCCUGCUGGGAGCCCUGCUGGCCGUCCCCGGGACCCACGCCGUGACGGCCUGCGACCCCCGCCUGGAGGACCCGGAGGUGAAGAGGGUGAUGAAGAGGGUGGGCGGCGCGCUGUGCCUGGCCACGGGGGUGCUGGGUCUGCUGCCCGUGUCCCACGUGGCCCACCUCACCGUGGUGCGCUUCUUCGACCCCGGGGUGCCCGCGCUGGUCCCGCGCUGGGAGUUCGGCAGCGCUCUGUUUCUGGGCUGGACGGCGGGGGUGGUGCACCUGGCCGCGGGGGGGCUGCUGCUGGCCUCCGCCCGCCGGGGCCGCCCGGGCCCCCGAGACACACCCAUCCCUCUGGCCGGGGUGCGGUCGCAGGACAGGGGGCCCCGGACGAGAGACGAGUCUGUUUGA